ACGGGGCGCAACCUAAUAAAAAAGUAGCUGCAGCGGCGAGCCGGGGGGACAUAAGAAGAGACGGGGGACGCAUCUGGACUCAGGUGGACGAAGCCGGAGGAAGCAGGCGAGCGAGAGCAGGUUCUUUUAUGAGCUGUAUCUGUCCAUGAUGAGCAAUUGUAGGAAAUUACAUAUGCUGUCCUGCUGCAGUUGAUAAUUUGGUUACCCAACGCAGUAUUCCAGAGAAGAUGGCUGACAGCUUAAGAAACUUUCUUAAUGAUCUUACCCGUGGGAUUAAAGACUCCAUUUGGGGAAUAUGCACAAUCUCAAAGCUGGAUGCCAGAAUUCAGCAGAAGAGGGAGGAGCAGAGAAAGAGGCGAGCUAGCAGUGCUCUUGCACAGAGGAGAGCACAAAGUGAGGAAAGAAAGCCAGAAAGUGAACCACGAAUUGUUACCAGGAUAUUUCAGUGCUGUGCAUGGAAUGGUGGUGUCUUCUGGUUGAGCCUCUUCUUGUUUUACCGAAUGUUCAUCCCACUUCUUCAAACUGUUACAGCACGGAUAAUUGGAGAUCCUUCCUUACAUGGAGAUGUCUGGUCUUGGCUUGAGUUUAUCCUCACUUCUGUUUUUAGUGCCCUAUGGGUUCUACCUCUAUUCGUCCUCAGUAAAGUUGUUAAUGCCAUCUGGUUCCAGGAUAUUGCAGAUUUGGCAUUUGAGAUGUCGGGAAGAAAACCUCAGCCCUUUCCAAGUGUCAGUAAAAUUAUAGCUGACAUGCUGUUCAACCUCCUUCUACAAGCACUUUUCCUGAUCCAGGGAAUGUUUGUGAGCCUGUUUCCCAUUGAUGUAAUUGGUCAGCUCAUUAGUCUUCUUCACAUGUCUUUGCUCUACUCACUGUACUGCUUUGAGUAUCGGUGGUUCAAUAAAGGAAUAGAAAUGCAUCAGCGGUUAUCCAACAUUGAAAGGAACUGGCCCUACUACUUUGGAUUUGGUUUACCCUUGGCUUCACUAACUGCCAUGCAGUCAUCUUAUAUUAUUAGUGGCUGUUUGUUCUCUAUUCUCUUCCCACUGUUUAUUAUCAGUGCUAAUGAAGCUAAAACACCUGUGAAAGUUUACCACUUCCAGCUCCGUCUCUUCUCAUUGGUGGUCUUCCUAAGCAACAGACUCUUUCACAAGACUGUCUAUCUUCAGUCUACGCUGAGCAGCUCUGGUUCAUCUGAAAAACUGCCCAGCCCACACCCAUCUCCUGCCAAACAGAGAGCCUCUUUGGGGCACUGAGGUAGAACUAAAAGUAUCCGUCCCACUGCAUCACUGCACUCACCAAUUAUCAUUUUCUGUAAAUGACAAGACACCUCAUGCUUCCUGUUCACAGAGCCCUGAGACUUCUUUGUCCUAAUGGCACCAAUGUCAUUUUUUUUAUGUUUGGAGUACUGAGAAGCUGUAAGUGCCAUGUUUGUGAGUUAACUGAGAUAUCUGCCUCUAACAAUAUAAGAAAUAUAAUGAAACCAAACUCCUCCUGGAACUAUAGCAGUCUGGCUUUUUCUAAGAACAGUUAUCGAUAAAAUCAAGAAAUAUGCCUUUUCUCUGUUAUGACUAUGACACAAGUCAUAAAGUUUAAGUAAUUUACUACCCUUUUUUUUCACCUUUUUUUUUGCACUAAAACUCAAAAUUUUCAUGCAAAGAAACACACAUUUUUUUUCAUGAUUUAUUAAGCGCCAAAUACCACUAAUACAAAAUCUGCCAUCUAAAAGCUGUCAAGGUCAUAUAGAAGUUAGUUGAAGAUGUCCUAGGCAAAUUAUAACAAUCUUUAUUUAAGUUGUGCUUUUAGAGGUUUUCAGGGUUUCUUUCAUUUGAAAGUCCGUGACGAUUCAUGGAAAAAUAUAAAAACCAGGAGACAUUUGUGGUUUUUAAAAAAAAAAAAAAAAAA